AUGUCGCGAGAGAAACAAUUUAAUGAUGAGUCAAAAGUUAUGACAUUUGAUGAUAUCAUUGUACAAACUAACCCAGAUAAAGAAGAGGUUGAAAAACAAGCAUCCAAAAAAACAUCCUGGACCAAAAAAAUCAAAAACUUUCGCAAUAAGAUUAUAAAAUUUAUUAAAUGUGUAGAUACACGUAAAAAUGCUGAUGCUGAAAUUUAUUCAAGUCAUCCGUGA